AUGACCUACAACUUAGAAUUUUUUUCGGAAAUUCAACGACAUAUUCUUUCUGGAGGAAAUUCGGUCCGUUCAUGUGGCAUGUGGAGUGUGUCAAAUGCUGGAAUGGUGCGCUAUCACGUGCUAUCCCAGAAUUCACUUUCUGCAUUAGACACAUGUCCCAGUCUUUGCAUUCCUGGUUGUAUGAAAAGUGUUUCUGCCGGUGCAAAUGGUAUUGUUUGGUCCCUAGCUCAAGUUGGUGACAUAACUGCGUACUCGUUUUCGGUUUAUGAGUACCAACAAUCUUCUUUUAUGCGUGGUUUUGUUGCUUAUCGAGGAAGGUCGAAGGACGGUAUAACAACGUGGAUGGAGGGUUCGAAUAGUGUGAGCGGAUUGUAUGAAAAACUGGGAUCUCGCGAAUGGAAAUGGAUUGAUUCGAAGUGGCGAGUGAUUGACACUGAUAAAUAUGAGGACGGGUGGACCUAUUCUGAAAACAUUGAUGGUGUCUAUAGUAAAGGAAAACAGAAGAAGGCUAGUGCUCGGCGUCGCACGUGGCAGCGUCGUGCUCGAUUUCAAUGUCGUGGACCGUGGCUAGCCGUUGAGGCUCCUGCCAUACGUUGCGUUGAGGUGCAAAAAGCUGAGUCUGACAGAAUUCUCGUCUGGGCAGUCACCAUGAACGGCGAAAUUCUUAUUCGACAAGGCGUUACGGCUGCGCAUCCGCAGGGCACGACAUGGAAGCAUAUUAUUUGUGACUAUAACAUCGAAGCAAUCUCUGUAGCGUCUCCGACUUGUGUGUGGGCAACAACAGUCGACGGAAGACUGCUGCGUCGUGAAUGUUCCGAUCAAACAGACAUUGAAUGUGUAGGGAAGACGAGCCGCUGCCUCACAUUACCAAAAGCGACAUACGUAUCCAUAGAUGGCGAGGAUCGAGUUUAUUGUUGCGAUGGAACGAGAAUCAUCAAGUUAGAGAGGGUCAUCGAAAAUGAGAAACGAAGUGGCAGAUUAGAAUUCCGAAUCUCCGAGAUGACUUUUCUUGGCAGUUAUGCCCAAUUCUGUUUUGUCUAA